AUGGCAUCAGAGACACUUUUUAAAGUGGGGGAUGGGGAGGAAGCCCUACUGAAGAAGGAAAACCUCAACGUGAUGAAUGCGCUCGAUCAACUACCGAAGCCUUUUCCAAACCCCAAUUUUAUGAACAGGGCUGUUGCUACCAAAGGACUCCCACUUUCUUCAAAAGGCAGUUUGGCUAACUUCUUGGAGUCAGAUAACAAUCUCAUGAAGCCUCUGACAGUGGAAGAAUCUGAAUACAGCUCUGAUGACACCAGCAUAACCCCCAUCUCAUCCAGUUCCUUGAACCCCGUCAAACUGGCUGUGACCCAGCCCAACAGCAGCUUCUUUGCAGGAAUGCUGGAGGGUGAGCUGAACAAACUCAGCUUCUCCUCACUGGUCAAGAACCCAGAAAAGGGGGACCUGGCCCUCUGCCCCCAUGCAUCUAAGACUCAAAUGGCUCCUGGCGGCCUGUUGGACCUUGACAACCCCGCCCUGGACACAGACACCUCCUCAACACGUUCGGAAUCCUCUGUGAUCAUGAACCUGCCGGAGGCCCCUUUCAUCUGUGAACACACGGUCAGCGAUUCCACAGCCGUGAUUUCCUGGACCUAUACUUUGGGCAAGCAGCAGGUCAGUUUCUACCAGGUCCUUUUACAGGAGGUGAGCAAGAAAAAAGACGAAGAGCCACCCAAGGCAAAGAAUCGUCCCUGGAUCUUCAAUAAGAUCUUGGGCACCACCGUCAAGCUGAUGGAGCUGAAGCCUAACACGAGUUACUGCCUCACCGUCCGUGCAGCCAACACGGCUGGGGUGGGGAAAUGGUGCAAGCCAUACAAAUUUGCAACUGUGGCCAGUGACUUUAACAGCUUUCCUGAGAACAAUCCCAUCCAGAUCACUGUGCAGCGCAAGGAACCCCAGCGGAGAACUGUGUCCAUUGGGCUGGAGGACAUGCGGAGGCUGGAGGAUUUGGAAUACCUAUUUCCUUACUAG